GGUGCCGGUGGGGGUGGCAUGUUCGGUGAUGUCAAUAUAUCUGCCAUUUUGGAUUCAUUUAGUAUAAGUUAUGAUAAAAGAGUAAGGCCCAAUUAUGGAGGACCACCCGUCGAAGUGGGGGUUACCAUGUACGUGCUCUCCAUCAGCUCUCUGUCUGAAGUGAAAAUGGAUUUUACGCUGGAUUUUUACUUCAGACAAUUUUGGACCGAUCCCAGACUAGCGUAUAAAAAAAGGACAGGCGUGGAGACAUUAUCUGUAGGCUCUGAGUUUAUAAAGAAUAUAUGGGUGCCUGAUACAUUCUUUGUGAAUGAGAAACAAUCAUAUUUUCACAUAGCAACUACUAGCAACGAAUUUAUCCGUAUACAUUACUCCGGGUCAAUCACUAGGAGUAUCAGAUUAACAAUCACAGCCUCGUGUCCGAUGAAUCUUCAAUAUUUCCCAAUGGACCGGCAACUAUGUCAUAUAGAAAUCGAGAGUUUCGGCUACACCAUGCGAGACAUCCGAUACAAAUGGAAUGAGGGGCCGAACUCUGUGGGUGUGUCGAGCGAGGUGUCGCUGCCGCAGUUCAAAGUACUCGGACAUCGCCAGCGAGCUAUGGAGAUCUCUCUCACUACAGGUAAUUACUCAAGGUUGGCAUGUGAAAUUCAAUUUGUUCGCUCUAUGGGCUAUUACCUCAUUCAAAUUUACAUUCCUUCUGGUUUAAUUGUGAUUAUAUCAUGGGUGUCAUUUUGGUUGAAUCGAAACGCCACGCCUGCACGUGUGGCUUUGGGAGUCACCACUGUUUUGACGAUGACCACGCUCAUGUCGUCCACGAAUGCUGCAUUACCUAAGAUUUCAUAUGUCAAAUCCAUUGAUGUAUACUUGGGUACAUGUUUCGUCAUGGUUUUCGCCAGUUUAUUAGAAUAUGCUACUGUGGGGUACAUGGCCAAAAGAAUACAGAUGAGGAAACAAAGAUUCGUAGCAAUACAGAAAAUAGCGUCUGAAAAGAAGCUACCAGUCGACUGUCCCCCCGUGGGAGAUCCACAUACGCUUUCUAAAAUGGGUACUUUGGGACGAUGUCCUCCGGGUAGGCCAUCGGAAGUGCGGUUCAAAGUCCACGACCCAAAAGUGCAUUCUAAAGGAGGAACUCUGGAAAAUACAAUAAAUGGUGGACGAGGAGGAGGAGAGGAUGAGAACCCUGGUCCCCCACCACACAUUCUACAUCCAGGAAAGGACAUAAGCAAACUUCUCGGCAUGACUCCAUCGGACAUCGACAAAUACUCUCGCAUCGUAUUUCCCGUCUGCUUCGUCUGCUUUAAUCUCAUGUACUGGAUCAUUUAUCUACACGUAUCCGACGUAGUGGCUGACGAUCUGGUUCUUCUGGAAGAAGAUAAAUAGAGGGCGCUGUAUAGAAUCCACUUAUUUUCUCACCAAAUAUAUUCAAAUAAUAAUUUGAUACAUACUAUUGAAUUAGUUUUUAUAUUUAUAAAAGCGCGAUGAAAUAGCGAACCAGCGGUAGCAUCGUUUAUUGUAAGUGUUAUAGAUAUUAAACGUAAUACCUAGAUGUUAACUUUGUAUCGCAAAUGUGUAUAUAUUAAAAAAAAUAAUUGAAACAUACGUGUAAUACAUGAAUCUAUUGAUUUAAAAUAAUUAAUAAAUCAUUUCUUGGAGUCUGAAGUAGA